GUUGUCGGCCAUGUUUAUAAGUGCGUUCGUGUGUUGUAUUUUGUGAAGGUUAAUGGAGUCUUUCACGUCAUCAUGUUAAUUUAAUGUUUACGUGAUAAAUAAGUCAAUUUCUGUAAAAAUAUGUUGUGUACGUGACGUCAAAUAGAUAAUCAAUUUUGUGUGUUUUAAAAAGUGGGUUUAACGGUAAAUAUCAUCGUUUAAAAUGGCGUGGUUUGGUGACAGUCUUUCUGGCUUAUCUCAUUUAAAGGGCCAAAUUACGAACUUUACGAAGGAGGUACUUUCCGAAGGGAUUGUCAAAGAAAUUGAUGAUCAAACGAUGCAAUUGAAAGAAGCGAACGAACGGUGCAUACAACUGCAAGAGUUACUGGACACGAAGGACGCCGAGAUCUCUGUGUUGCGCCGACAAAAUUGCGAGCUGCAGAAAAUCGUUCUCGAGUUGGACACGAAAACGAAAGUAUCGAACGAGAAUCAAGAAGAAGAUGGGGAAGUCUUCUUUUGGGAUCCACCGUCGGUCAAAAAUCGUAAUUCCAAAAAUCAAAAUCAUGCUAGGCAAUUGCAGGAACAAUUGGCCCAAGCCACCAUGAAAAUACGUGAAUUAGAAACUGAACUUAAACGAUCGCAAAAGGUGAACAAUGGAAGUAUAAUGGACGAACUUCCGGAUGGCCAUCAAAAAGCAGAAUACUUACGAGCUAAACAAGAUAUGGUAAAUAGAAUCGUACGAAUGGAAGAAAAGAAUCGUGAAGUCGAAAGGAACGUUAAACGAAUGCAGGAAGAUGAGAUAGCCUUGAUAAACGAUUUUUAUACCGUAAUAUCGAAGUUGGAUUAUCAGGAGAAGGUCAAACUCAUCCGGGAAACUCUGAGAAAUUUGGAAAAUGAUAAACAAAAGUCUUCUUUAAUCGGCAAAGAAGAAAAAUCUGACUCCGACGAGAAGUUUGAUAAAACAAGUGAAAAUAAUGAAUCUGGGAAUUUGAAGUCAGAUAUACAGGAUAGUUUAAUGAGUAAUAGGGAAGCUGAAUUGUCUAGAAAAAUUCUUGAAUUACAGGAUGAAAAUAAGAAUCUUAAUGUCAGUAUCGAGGAACUUGAUAGACAGCAUACGGAAUCAAUAGAAGAAUUAUUGUCUUUGAAGGAGGAUAUCGAGAAGAAGCAUCAAUGCCUUCAAAAUGCCUACGAGCAGUUGUAUGUUGAUUACAAUCAAGCAGGAGGGAAAGUUUUGGAACUACAGAGUAAACUUGGCUCAAUUGAGGAGAGGAAUAAGAGUAUUCUCAAAAAAGAAUCUUUGGAGAGAGAAGAGAAAAAUGUUCAAACGGAGGAAUGUGAAAAUAUCAAGAAGAAAGGAAGAAAAGACGACGACGACGACGACGACGACGACGACGACGAUAAUGAUAAUAAUAAUUCAUUGUACGGAUUGGAACAAAGAGUAAAAGAAAUUUUGAGAAAUUCGUGCAUAGAAACGAGUGAAUCUAACGAGUCGAUUUUCGAAACUGUCGCGAAACGAUACGUCGAGACGAACUGGAAGAAGGACGUUUUAGAAAGGAAGGUAACGGAGAUUACGCGAAAUCUAAAGGAGACCACGGAAAUGAGAGAUAAUUUGCAGCUUGAAUGCGACGACAUGCAGACUCACAUAGAUUCGUUGCUGUUAAAUAUUCAACAUUUAAAAUUGAAUCUACCAUCCAUUCCUGAAGCUAGCGAGGAACGUGUGGCCUCCUUGGAAACUGAAACGGAGUCGUUGCAGGAGGAGGUUAAACGAUUACGCGAAGAGAACGAUACGUUGAGGAGAUUAAACGUUACAGAGUUGAUGAUACCAAGAUUGGAGAACGGUGAGAUCCAUCUUGAAGAGAAUUUCAUCGAUGAAGAGAAAGUCAUUGAAAUGGAACCUUCUGAUGUCAGGAGAGAAGAAGAUUCCGUGGAAGAUUUAAAACGUAGAUUGUUGGAGUUCUCUAACGAGACCAGCGAAUUGAGAACGUCUUUGGAAAAAUAUAAGGAAACUAUCGAAGAGCUUAGGCUAGGUAAAGAGAAUAUAGCUCAUGAGUUGAAAGCUUCGGUCUAUAGUAUGGAGGAAUUGGAAAGGGAGCUAAAAGUUACUUUGGACGUUAAGAACGAGCUCGAACGUGAAAAUGGCGAUUUGAUUAAGGAGAACGAAGAGUAUAGAGCCGAUUUGGCAAGGUUUAAGGAAACUGCUGAUGAUGCAAAGAAAGAAGAGAACGAUCUGUUGGAAAAACUUCGUAAAAAAUUAGAAAAGGUCAACAUCGAGAGAAACGAUUUGGAGUAUGACUUACUUAAUAUGAGGAAAGAACUCGACAAUGCUUUGCACGAUGCAGAUGAAAGACAAGAGUUGAUAACGCAAUUGAGUCAAGAGAAUGAAAAAUUCACGAGAGAAAAUACAUCUUUGUUGGAUCAAUUGACAGCGAGUCAAGUGGAAUCCCAAGAGAAGAUAGAACUGUUGAACACUGAAAAAUCUUUGCUCGAGGAGGAACAAUCGGAGCUUCGAUCGGAGGUGGCUACGUAUAAAGAAAAAAUUCAACAACUUGCGGAUAGUGAGAAUAAAUGCGCCAUGAUAAAUUAUGAACUUGAAAUUGCCAGAAAGAGAAUAAACGAGCUUCUAUCGGAGAACGAAGGUCUUUACGGUCGAUUGGAAAAGAUUCAUGAGUUGGAAAAAGAAUUGAACGAAAAGAAGGCAGCUGCGAAUGAUUUACAUUCGUUGCGAAAUAAAUUCAUAGAAACCGAAGCCGAAUUGAAUAGUUUGCGUUUAAAAGAGAAGGAGAUUGCCGCGAAGGAAUUGAAUCUAUUGCAAAGUAAAUUUAUGGAAACUGAGGCUGAGUUAAACGACUUACGUUUAAGGGAGAAGGAGAUGUCUCAAGUCCAAGGGGAUUGUAACGAGAUCGUGCUUUUGAGAGACACCGUAACAGAUUUAAACGAUAAAAUUCGCUUGUCCGAAGAGAAAUGUAAACAAUUGGAAUCCUUUAUUACAUCGUUGGAAUCUGAAACAAAAGAAAAAAUGUUAUUAAAAGAAAAUUCCUUCGAAAACGAAAGGCAAAAAUUAACGGAUAGUUUAAAAGAGAAAAGCGAAGAAAAUGAAGGGCUAAAGGAUAUAAAUAAUAAAUUAACAAUGGAGAUAAUAGAAAUGAAAAGUCACAUGGAAUCGAGCAUCGAGGCAAAUAAAGAAAAUGCUACUAUGGCUAAGGAAACUAUAGAAAGUUUAUCUCAUCUUAUCAAAGAGAAGGACAAUGAAAUCGAAUCUUUGAAGACGAUGAACGAUCGAGCAAACGUAGCUAAUUCGAACGAUCUUCUUACUAUACGAAACGAAAGAGACGAGCUUGUAAAAUUAGUUCACAUUAAACACAAUGAGAGCAUCCAAUAUCAUAGCGAAAUUCAGAGAUUAACUCAACUCUUAAACGAACAAGUAUCUCAAGUUCGAAAUUUGUUAACCGAACAAAAUCAAAUUACGACGUUGUUGAAGGAUAAAGAUACAGAACUUGCCGGAACUCGUAACGAGCUACAAACUUUGCAACAACGAUUAGAAAAUAUCAAGGACGUUGAUAAUAACGGGGAAGUCUGUAGAAUCGCAGGACAUUUGACACAAAUACAAGAAAUGGCAAUACUUAAUGAUAAAUGUAACGCAUUGGAAGCUGCUUUGAUCCAAGAACAAUCCAACAACAGAAUGCUACAAAAUCAAUUUGUUGAAAGUCAAAGUAAAGAAGCCAAUGCUGGUAAAGAAUUAGAAAGAUUGAGAACUCAUUUAGUGGAGAUUGAAUCUAGUUAUACGGAAGAAGCUUUAUUGGCCGAGGAAAUGCGUAAAGAAUUGGAGGGGAAAUUGUUGCAAGCUGAAGAAAAACUUAAAAAUUCAUCUACCGUAUAUACCUCCGCUAGCAUAAGAGCGAAUCAACAAGUAGAAACUUUGCAACAACAAAUGUCCCUUAUUAUUCAACAAAGAGACGAUAUUCAAAAUAAAUUAUCUAUGGCGGAGGAUAAAGUUUUAUCACAAACGACUGCUCUGACUAAUUUACAGAUAGUUUUGGAACAAUUUCAAAGAGAAAAAGAAAGGGAUAUUAAAAGAGUUACGGAAAAACUACAAUUGCAACUUCAGGAGUCGCAUAAAAAACAAGAAGAAUUAUUAAACGAAAUCUCCUGUCUCAAGGAACAAUUAGCAGAAGCUCAGGAAUAUUUGCAAGCUGCAUCUAGAUUAAGUGAACAACUGGAUAAGAAAACAGAAAGAAUAGAGCAAUUAAAUCAAGAAGUUGAAAGAUUAAUGGAAUUGGUGAAUACUGCUGAUCAGAGAAUAGAAGAAGCAAUGCAAAGUGGAGUAGGAAAAGUUGACAAGAACCUUAUGAAAAAUCUCUUGCUUGGAUAUUUGUCUUCAUCGACAGCAGACAAAUCAUCUGUUCUAAGAGUGUUUGCCACCGUAUUAGAUUUUACAGAACACGAUAGAGACAAAGCUGGUCUUAAUAAUGGAAUUGCAAACAACAGUUGGUUUUCUCGUCUUAGCGGUGGAAAUGGUGCUCCUACUAAGGAUCAAGAGGCAUCGCUUUCAGCUGCAUUUGUAAGAUUUUUAGAAAGUGAAUCUAAACCGAAACCUCAAUUACCUGCUUUGCCAAUAUCGUCAUCGUCCUCACCUCGUCCAACGCAUAGCAGACAACAUUCAACGUCGUCGAGCCAUUCUACAUUGUUGCUUUCUAAUAUUACUCUUCCAACAUUCCCAGAUUUUGUUCCAGCAAGAAAUACAGGAUCUAUUCUGAAAGAAGUAUUAAAAGACAGCUGAUAUUAAAGUAACAAAUGUAGUAUAUACUACUCGGUGAACAGCAUCAGGCUGUAAAAAGAAGAAGAAAAAAAACAAAUACAAGCUAAAAAUAAUCCUAUCUAUCUCGAGCCUAACUUUUUAUUCGGACAUUGAUAUUGUAACAUAUUGAUUGCGCCUGAAGAAGAAGAAGAAAAAAAAAAAAAAGGAAAGAAAAAAUGGACUGCCGUAGUAUGUUCGUCGUGCUGCAUUUAUCGAUAGCUUGAUAAAAUAAAUUCGUAUAUAAUUUAAGCGAGAAAAUUCAAAACGAACUACUUCGGAGUUUUGCCGAAAGAAUUCUUCUCAUUCACGAUGUGAAAUUCUUUCUACGGAAGAGCAAUAAUAAAUAAAAAAAAAAAAAAAAAAAAAAAAAAAAAGCAAGGAAUAUGUACGUUCACAAUGUUUUUACAAAGACACUAAAAAUCUCCCCACACGAUUCUCUAAUUUUAUAUAAUAACGUAAUCGUACUCUUAAUCGGAUUCGUAACUUAUUAAAUUCUUAGUAAUUGUAUUAAAAAAGUUUUCUCAUUCAUUUGCGUAAAUAAAAAAAAAAAAAAAAAACAUCCUGCUUGGGUAAAA